AUGUUGGUGAAGGCAAAGAAUACUGGCGGUGUGGAGGGCUGCGGAAGAGCCAACGAACCAGGCCUAGAGAAAUCCAAACGCUUCUUCGAAGUAUCCCUGGUGGUGAACGUGGCCAGCGAGUGUGGCUUCACAGACCAGAACUAUCGGGCCCUGCAAGGGCUGCAGCGGGACCUGGGCCCCCACCACUUCAACGUGCUGGCCUUCCCCUGCAACCAGUUUGGCCAGCAGGAGCCUGACAGCAACAAGGAGAUUGAGAGCUUCGCCCGCCGAACCUACAGCGUCUCUUUCCCCAUGUUCAGCAAGGUCGCAGUCACAGGCACUGGUGCCCACCCCGCCUUCAAGUACCUGACCCAGACUUCUGGGAAGGAGCCUACCUGGAACUUCUGGAAAUACCUAAUAGCACCAGAUGGGAAGGUGGUAGGGGCUUGGGAUCCAACAGUGCCGGUGGAGGAGAUCAGACCCCAGAUCAAUGCACUUGUGAGGAAGCUCAUCCUGCGGAGCCAUGAAGAGUUAUAAUCACUUUCUGUCUUUGCCCAUGACCCCCAUCCUGCCCCACCUGUGCAUAGGCCACCAAAGUAAAUUCAAAUGGUGCUUCAAGGGGAGAGAUCCUAACUCUCUCCCUUCCUCCACUAAUAGCCCAUCCCAUCACUCCUGUGGGGGAGGGGGUGGGGGUGGGGAAUCCUAGUACUUCUUAUUAUUUAAAUCUUAGGGCGACAAGGAGGAACACCUAGCCAAUGAGAGUUCUUGCCCAAUGAUUUUUCAGCCAAUAAGAACUUCCAGACAAUGAAAAUAUGUGGUCAAUAGAAGUGCCUCAAGCAGUAAUCGCUAGCCAAUGAGGACUCUCAAGAAAACGGAGCCAGUUCCUACCUCACAAGGCUGUUUGUUGUGAGGGUUCAAAUGAAAUACCUGUUCAAGUGCCUAGGCAGGGCCAACUAAGGAGGAGCCAUUCAAUAAAUGUGUUUGCAUAUAAA